UGGAAAUGGGAGGAAAUAUGGAGUUGGAGGCCCCUCGGUCCAAAUGCUCUCUUUACAGGGUUGCCAGUAGUACGUAUGGCAUUCAAAAUACUCCGUCUUGUUAUCUCUUGCCCUUUCAGUAUCCAGAGCAUGGAUGGGGGCUGAGAGGGAGGAGCGGGUUUGCUGAGCCUACCCUAGCCAGACGCGCACGGUCCGACUCAGAUGACAAUAGCUUCUAUUUCUGUUGAUGCACUCGGGUUAUCAGUCCACUUGCAUCUGCUCUCUCUCCUCUUCUGUCCUCAUCCGACGCUCGCACUUGCUCCGACAAAAUCAUGGCCGACAGAACCAGCCGGGUCAGUGUGAAGCGAAAGGAAAAGGUGGAAAACAAAACCAAUGACGAAAAGGAGAAGGAAAAGGCCAAAUGUGGGAAAAAGCAGGACAAAGUUGUCAAAAAGCCAGAGAUAGCACCUGAGCCGUGCCCGGGGGGUGAGGACAAGAAGAACGGGGAAGUUGCUGGGGCAGCGGGCAUGCAGGUCAAGAAAAGUGACGGAAAUGGGGAGUUUGAACCCAUUGAACUGCCGCCAUUUGAGAUCGUCACAGGAGCGCAGAUGAGCCCGUUCUACUUCAAGUUUCAGUUUAGGAACGUGGAGUACUCGUCCGGCAGGAACAAGACUCUGCUGUGCUACCGAGUGGACACGCAAGGGGGCAGCACAGAGCCACUAACAGGAUACCUGGAGGAUGAACAUGCUACAGCUCAUGCUGAAGAGGCCUUCUUUCAGCAAGUACUUCCUGACAGUAACCCCUCCCAGGAAUACGACGUCACGUGGUACGUGACAUCCAGUCCCUGCGUGGCCUGCGCAACCAAGCUGGCCAACAUCCUCCGGCAACGCAAGAAGCUCCGUCUAUGUAUAUUCUGCUCUCGGCUCUUUGAAUGCGAGGAGCCAGAAAUAGUGGAGGGGCUGAAGGCUCUGGCGAACGCUGGCUGCAAACUGAGGAUGAUGAAGCCCUCUGACUUCCAGCAUGUUUGGGAGACCUACGUCGAAAAGGAGGACCAAAGCUUCACGCCCUGGGAGGACUGUCAGGAGAACUACAGCUACUACGUGGAGAAACUGGCUGACAUCCUCAAGUAGAAGCAAGUGUGGACAAGGUUUCUCCUCCAGUGGAAAAUUUUGAACAUUUUGUGGUGAUGAUUUCAUUGGGAGACAAAGUUUUACUUCAAAUGUAUUUAAUUUUUUUUUACUGUAGCUUUAAUUCAUCACAUAUUAUCCAAGCAGUCACAUUAGACAGAGAACAAACUGGUGUCACAUUUACAUUAAAGGCACAGUUUCAUGUCCUUCAACUUUAUCACAACUGUCUAAUCUGUCGUUUGUUGCAACAAGUGUAUGUACAGCCCUCGGGUGACAUAAUACAGUACAGUACGAAGAAAACCCUGACAAAACAACGUUCGAAAAUAUUGUAACAGUACCUGAAUUAGUUCAUGAACAAAAAUACAAUUCAAAGCAAAUAAUAUAAUUUGCAGUCUUGAUCAGUGGACAUUUGACUUUCCAUUUGCACCACCAGUUAAAUAUUUCCUUUUUUUCUCUUCUGAUGUCCACACUCAUAUCGUUGCUGUUGUUUGGAAACCUCGUAUGACCAAUAAUGGCCAAUUUAAUAUCCUUUCACAAUAUGAUAAUAUUCGUCUAUCCUCAAGCCAUAUGUCAAUUAAAGUAUUAAAAAUUGCUUGAGAAGAAACCUAUUAACUGUCUGAGAAGCAAAACUCCGCCUCUUCCUUCAAUCUCCCGGACCUGUGUGCACUAUGUUUGCUCAAGACUGAAAAUAUGGCUGCUUUUUAGGCAAUAACAAAUAAAAAUGGGUAGGUUAGAUUUGCAUAAGCUAGUCUAAAGGCCUCUUUAUACUCACACGUGCAGCGACCGCGCUGACAUCGCGUGCGGAGUUUGCCUUUAUACUCCAGGGCAACCCAUGCGUGCAGUUUUAAAAAUGUGCUGCAGUUCUUCUCCAA